AUGGGCCAAAGCUUCUCAGUAGAGGUCAAUCCACCUCCAGGCAAGACGCCUGUACCUCCGGAGGUCAUCAUCAACAUUGCUCGCGAGCAUAUUCCUUCCAUGCCGCCUCCUCUGCCAAAGUUGAUGAAGGCGGUCGGGCCCUUCAACUAUGACUGGCUGCGGUACAACGAAGAUCCCAACGCGUACGCGCCGUUCGCGGCCGCUCCUCGCAUCCCCGAGCCCAGGACGUAUCACAACGUCCGAGGAAAUUUGGGUUGGGUUAAACUGACGCAUAUGUCGAGGAGCAUCAGGAAUGCCCUGCGCACAGAGGGUGGAGAGUUCUGGGCCGCAUCCAUCGGGCGAUUGCCGAACGCUACUGCUGAGAUGCUGGCACUCAGUGAUCUGCGGCCCCUGGAUGUGUUUGUUGAUCUUGCACCUUGGCGUUAUGGUGGCAGGCGUGUGAUGCGCAUGCUCACGGACGGUACCAUUCCCCUGACACGCAUCCGGUCGCUCACUUUCAUCGAUGUCAGGGUCAACACCGACCCGAAUCCCGCACUCGCACCCCUUCUCGCGCAGAUGACUGCCUUGAAGUCCCUCGAUAUCUACGCUGCUCUUUCAGAGCAAGGCCGUGGACGCGUUGGUCCUCCUCCCGCUAUUAUUCCUUUCCCGAUUCCCAACUUCGUCAUCUCUGCUCGACCCAUCAAAGUUUCGUUCACCAAUUUCGUCGCCCGCGUCAACAACAUUACCCACCUUUCCAUCGCGCAGACCACGCUCGGAAAACACUCGCCGUCUUGGACAGUCACUCGGGACGAGUUGCUAGACGUGCUCUUUCUUUCACAUCAGACCCUCGAGACACUCUACCUCCACGUUGAGCUCCCGGGAGAAGUCCGUGCGCAUGCCCGUGAUCCCGCGUUUGCGACCCUUCCUGCACGCAUUCACUUCUUGCGCCUCACUCGUGUACACUUCGGCGACUUUAGCGAGAAGGGGUACAACUUCUCCCUUGUUCACGACUUUUCCAAACAUAUGAUGUUCAGGCCCGACGCGACGAUUGUCAUCCAUGGGCUUUGUGCAAUGGAAGGUCACUUGCUCUCCACCGACAAUAUCUCACAGUUUUUUGGCAAAGGAGGUCUUCCCCCUGCCACUUUUUGCGUCAUUGAUGCUGCCCAUGUGGACCCCAAGUCCAACGCCGACCACGACAACUGGCCAUCCAUACGCGUGCACUACUCCACCAGCCCGACCAACACUGGCCUCACUUUCAUCAUAUCCGCUCUGACAAGCACCUACCGGGACAUAGCGCUCCAUAUCGAUCACCUUGUCGACGUCGCCGCGAAUUUCAGCCCUGGUGGCAUAUCGCUUUAUGCGCCGCAUCUUUCAAUGCCCCCGCACUUUCGGCGCUUGCGCGCGCGCAUGGUGUUCAGCGAGGAGAUGUUGCCUGAUCAUACCAAGAAGUACGUUUGGCACUCUCAGCCGUAUUCUGCUGAGUAG